AUGCAAGGACCAGCUGUAUUUAUUGAUGCUGAUUUCGACGAUCAGGCACAGGAGCUGCGGCAGUUUUUGAAGCAGCUGGGUGCGGAAAUUAGCGAAGAAAAGUCCACCAAGGGUAUCGAGGAUGAUCUGCACAAGAUUAUCGGUGUGUGCGAUGUGUGCUUCAAGGAUAACACUCACUCGCCGGAAGAAAUCGAUGCCGUGCUCAACAGCAUCGUUUCCAUCAUCGUGUCCAUUCCGUUGGAGCGGGGUGAAAACCUGAUUCUGUCGUUCUGCGACAAAAUGACGAAGGCGAAGGAACCCAACCUUGCUCGGGUUUGCCUGCAGUCCUUGUGGCGGUUGUUCACCAACCUGGAGGUGACUUCUCCGCUUCGGUACCACGUCUACUACCAUCUGGUUCAGGUCGCGAAGCAAGUGAACCAAGUGAAGGAAGUGUUCACUGGAGUGGAGCAGCUGAAAGCGCAAUUCGCUCAGUGUCCACCCUCAAACGAGCAAAUGCAAAAGCUAUACCGCCUGCUCCACGAUGUGCUGAAGGACACAAACAGCGAACUGGCAUCGAAAGUAAUGAUCGAGCUGCUUGGAACGUACACUGCCGAGAAUGCGUCGUACGCUCGUGAAGAUGCAAUGAAAUGCAUCGUAACGGCUCUGGCCGACCCAAAUACCUUCCUGCUCGACCCAUUGCUCUCGCUGAAGCCGGUUCGGUUUCUUGAAGGAGAACUCAUCCACGAUCUGCUUUCGGUGUUUGUUUCUGAAAAACUCCCAAGCUACUUGGAGUUCUACAAGCACCACAAGGAGUUCGUCAAUUCGCAAGGUCUGAAUCACGAACAGAACAUCAAGAAAAUGCGUCUACUGUCAUUCAUGCAGCUUGCCGAGAGCAAUUCGGAAAUGUCCUUCCAACAGUUGCAGGACGAGCUGCAGAUUAAGGAGGAGGAAGUGGAACCGUUCAUCAUCGAAGUCCUGAAGACGAAGCUUGUCCGUGCGCGGAUGGAUCAGCGGGCCCGCAAGGUUCACAUUUCGAGCACAAUGCACAGGACGUUCGGUCGUCCCCAAUGGCAACAACUUCACGAUUUGUUGCUUUCGUGGAAAACCAAUCUUACACUCGUACAGGAAAAUAUCAAUAAUGUAGCGGCUGCCCAAGUGGAAUUGGCCCAGCGUCAGUGA